AUGGCAGCUUCUGAUGGUGGCUACGCUAUUGAAGCCCGUGGGCUGCUACUUGCUCGUCGGGGUCGAGCGAAGCCGCAACGGAGACGGCGGCCCGGACGCAAGACGGCGCCCCGGACGCCCGUGUGGACAUCGAGCUGUGUGUAUGCUGCGACCGCCAAAAUGCGCUCGCUCGUGCUCCUGGUGGUGGUGAUGGUGUUGACGCUGUCGACGAUGGAGACCAAGGACUGCGUCACGUGUAAGAUGUACGAGUCGGAGACGAUGACAGAGACGGCGGGGGCUGCUUCGAGUGUCACGGGGACUUCGGGUCGGAGACCACGACGGAGACGGCGGCCCGGACGCCCGUGUGGCCAGCAGGAUGUAUGCAACGGCAAAGAAGAACAUGAGUGCUAA